CUCACACUUAAACAAAAAAUGAAUGAGGUACAAUCCAUAAAAAUAAUAGAAGCUGUGGCUAAUAAAGAAUCACCCGAGCAAAGUACUAGAAAGAAGAAGAAACUUCAGCACAAUGAAACAACUGCUGAAGACAUUGUCCAGCAAGACAACACAACCAUGUUUGACUCCUCUUCACCAUCGUCACAAAAGUCAAACCUAGAACAACCGGCAAGGGACAUUGAUCAAACUGACGCCCCAAACCAGGAACGGGAACUGGAAAAACAGGACCCAGUCAAUCAACCAAUGACAGACGAUGACUUGAACAUAGAUGAAAGUAAAAUUGUUGAAGAGGAGCAGAUUCAGACACCCUCAUAUAAGCAGGCAUUAAUGAACACAGGAUAUGAAAAUAUUCAUAUGAAGACUUGGCAUGAAGGAAUUUCUACAGCACAAAUACACAACAAUACCAGCAAAAAUAGAACUCCCCAUGCAACCCAAAUAAAAAUCGCGUAUAUGGAUAAAUUCUUCUUUCGUACCUUUACAAGAAACCAUGCAGCAAAACCAGCUCAUCAAUUAGAAUUUAACCAAUUGUUAUAUAUGGUCCAAGAUAGAUAUAAGACCCAACAUAAGAUACUGCAAAUAAAUAAAAACAACCGAGAUCAAAUCUUUCGUAUGUUAAAGAUGAAGUUGAGCUUUGACUUUAUUAGAAAAUAUGAUAUGUUAAAGGCUAGUACGCAUGAUAAUACUUGUAUGCUAUACUACUGCCUAAGAUUUGCUAAUGUUCAAUAUGAGCUAAAGUUUGAAGAAGUAAGAAGAUUAAUGGAAGGAAUCGAAUCAGAGAUAAAGGAAGAGUUACCCAACCUCCCAGAGAGAAUGCCACAAGAAAUUUUAAACAUAAUCCCAUUCAAUUUACCAAUCACAGACAGGCAUCUAACUAAACCUACCGUCCAAGUACUGAGGAAAAUGUUCACAUUCAUUUCAUUGCCAGAAUCAUAUUUUGAUGAAAAAAGAGAAAAGCUCCCACAGGACCCAAAAGAUUUAAUACUCGCUGUGGCUUCCUUCUUUCCAAUCAAGGAAAGAGCAAACAAUAAGGAGAAAGCAAAGGCAUUCAUACAGAAAAUACUAGAGGAGUAUAGUUUACCACUGGCCUUUGUACCGGAAUACUUGAGCGUAAACCCAACAAAAAAACCUGACCUACUUGUGAAUUAUAAAAAAUUAAAGAAAGUCAAAAUAGUUGUACUGAUGAUAUCUAUAGACCAGCUGGAUAGAAAUAGAACAAGUCCAAGAAGAAAUACAAAUUUACCUAACACAGUCGAAGAGCUAAAAGCAAACAUAGAAAUAAAUAAGCCAGAAUUAACCAAUAUGAUUCGUAAGCCACGAACAGACAGAAGCUAUAAUAACAUAUCUAAUUGA